CAGCAUCACCACAGCAACCAGAAAAUACAAUUAGAAGACGAGGGCUAGAGCAGAGAAGGUGAAAGUGCGGCUCCUUACCUUUGGACAGAAGGCAGAAAAAUAAUUAUGCAGAACAGAGAAGAAUAUUGGAUGGACCAAGCCAAACUGUGGCAAAGGGAAGUGUCCCUUCAGUAACAGGAAUGUGCCACUGUUUAUGCACUGGAAAGGGGAGUGCCAUGAGAUCUACUGAAGAGACUAUUUCUGUGGUUGCUUAUCUACACGUGUUUGCAUCCCUGCUGGAACUGAAUUAGGUGGUACAGGCCUCUUGGACCAGUAGGUAUUGGAUUUUUUCCGUACAAGGUGUACCUGGCACGAGAGCUGGAAGACGCCACAGAUCUUUCUUGGAGACGUGAAUAAACUGAGACAAUCUCCGGCCCUUCCCUUCUGUAACAGCCUGCUAUACCAUGGGAUGUAGGCAAAGCUCUGAGGAGAAAGAGGCAGCGCGGCGGUCUCGGAGGAUUGACCGCCACCUGCGCUCUGAAAGUCAGCGACAACGAAGAGAGAUUAAGCUCCUUCUCCUGGGUACCAGCAAUUCUGGGAAGAGUACUAUUGUAAAGCAGAUGAAAAUCAUUCACAGUGGUGGCUUUAACUUGGAGGCUUGCAAGGAAUACAAACCUCUGAUUAUCUAUAAUGCAAUUGACUCCCUCACACGCAUCAUUCGGGCUCUAGCCACCCUUAAGAUAGAAUUUCACAAUCCUGACAGAGCAUAUGAUGCUGUGCAGCUCUUUGCCCUGACGGGCCCAGCUGAGAGCAAAGGCGAGAUUACCCCCGAGCUUCUGGGAGUCAUGAAACGGCUCUGGGCAGACCCUGGUGUGCAGGAGUGCUUCUGUCGCUCCAACGAGUACCACCUAGAGGAUAAUGCUGCAUACUACUUAAAUGACCUAGAAAGGAUCGCAGCACUGGACUACAUCCCUACAGUGGAAGACAUUCUGCGUUCUCGGGACAUGACCACAGGAAUUGUAGAAAAUAAGUUCACCUUCAAAGAGCUGACUUUCAAAAUGGUGGAUGUGGGUGGACAGAGAUCUGAACGCAAAAAAUGGAUCCACUGUUUUGAGGGGGUUACAGCAAUAAUUUUCUGUGUGGAGCUGAGUGGAUAUGACUUGAAGCUGUAUGAAGAUAACCAAACAAGUCGAAUGGCAGAAAGUUUGCGUCUCUUUGAUUCCAUCUGCAACAACAAUUGGUUUAUCAACACCUCCCUCAUCCUUUUUUUGAACAAGAAAGAUCUGCUGGCAGAAAAAAUCCGGCGUAUCCCCUUAACAGUCUGCUUUCCUGAAUAUAAAGGCCAAAACACUUACGAGGAGGCAGCAGUCUACAUCCAGCGCCAGUUUGAGGACUUGAAUCGCAACAAGGAGACUAAGGAGAUCUACUCACACUUCACCUGCGCCACUGAUACCAGUAACAUCCAAUUUGUCUUUGAUGCAGUGACAGAUGUCAUCAUUCAGAACAAUCUCAAAUAUAUUGGCCUCUGCUAAGAAUCCUUGGG